CUCGCCCGGCACCCGCGGCUCCGCCGGGGCUCCCGCCCGGGCCGGUCCCGGGCGCCCCCCUCCUUCCCCGCCGCGCCCCCGCCCUGCCGCCGGCAGCCGUGACCUUGCCAUCCCGCAGCCUUGGGGACAGCCCUGGGGACAGCCGCGCUGGAUCGGGGAGCCGCCGUGGGAUGUGAUAGCCGGCGGAUCGCACGGAAAUAUUUCUUCUGGGAAAGGAGAGAGGCAGCCUCCUCCCGCGGUCGGGGGCCGUCAAGAAAAGCGGAUUUAAAGAGCAUCUUUGCCCCUUUGUUGGAUGAGAAGGACAGGGGAGGACCGGCAGGAUGAGCACUAGCACAGUUCCCUAUCAGCAAAACCCCUACACCCCUGGGAGCAGCUCCUCCGUGAUCCAGUGCUACCGCUGUGGGGACACCUGCAAGGGCGAGGUGGUGCGUGUCCAGAGCAAUCACUUCCACAUCCGCUGCUUCACCUGCCAAGUGUGCGGCUGCGACCUGGCACAGUCGGGCUUCUUCUUUAAGAACCAGGAGUACAUCUGCACCCACGACUACCAGCAGCUCUACGGGACCCGCUGCGACAGCUGUGGGGACUUCAUCACUGGAGAGGUCAUCUCUGCCCUGGGGAGGACCUACCACCCCAAGUGCUUUGUCUGCAGCACCUGCAGGAAGCCCUUCCCCAUCGGAGACAAGGUCACAUUCAGCGGGAAGGACUGCGUCUGCCAAAACUGCUCCCACUCUCUCAUCAGCACCAAACCCAUCAAGAUCCACGGGCCGAGCCACUGUGCUGGCUGUAAGGAGGAGAUCAAGCAAGGCCAGUCCCUCCUGGCCCUGGAGAAGCAGUGGCACGUCAGCUGCUUCAAGUGCCAAACGUGUGGGAUCAUCCUCACUGGCGAGUACAUCAGCAAGGAUGGCAUCCCAUACUGUGAGUCUGACUACCAUGCCCAGUUCGGCAUCAAGUGCGAGACCUGUGACCGGUACAUCAGUGGCCGGGUCCUGGAGGCAGGAGGGAAGCACUACCAUCCCACCUGUGCCAGAUGUGUCCGCUGCCACCAGAUGUUCACAGAAGGAGAGGAGAUGUACCUCACAGGCUCUGAAGUGUGGCACCCGAUCUGCAAGCAGGCGGCCAGAGCAGAGAAGAAGCUGAAGCACAGAAGGACGUCGGAAACCUCCAUCUCCCCUCCUGGUUCCAGCAUUGGCUCCCCGAACCGUGUCAUCUGUGCUAAAGUGGAUAAUGAGAUCCUUAAUUACAAAGACCUGGCAGCUCUUCCCAAGAUUAAAGCCAUCUAUGAAGUGCAGCGUCCUGACCUCAUUUCCUACGAGCCCUAUCACAGAUACACGUCGGAUGAGACACUGGAGAGAUAUAGCUAUGGGGAGUCCCUGGGGACCCUCUCCCCAUACUCGCAGGACAUCUAUGAGAGCUUUGACACGCGGCAGAGGCGAGCCUCCAGCCCUGGCUACAUCGACUCCCCCACCUACAGCCGCCAGGGCAUGUCCCCCACCAUCCCCAGGUCCCCCCACCAUUUCUACCGCUCAGGCACCGAGAGUGGGCGCAGCUCCCCCUACUAUAGCCAGUUAGAUGUGAGGUCCUCCACUCCAACCUCAUACCAAGCACCCAAGCAUUUCCACAUCCCAGCUGCCGGCGAGAGUAACAUCUACCGGAAGCCCCCCAUCUACAAGCGCCAUGCCACAAAAAGCAAAACCAGUGAAGACAUCGCGCAGUCAUCCAAGUACAGCCCUGCCUACUCCCCGGAUCCGUACUACCACUCCGAGUCAGAGUACUGGCCCUUCCAAGGCUCGCCAAAAGCACCCCGGGCCCGGAGGUUCUCGUCAGGUGGUGAGGAGGAUGGGUACGACCGGGGCAUGCACAAGAUCCAGAGUGGCAUUGGCAGGCUGAUCCUGAGGGAGGAGAUGAAGGCUCGGUCCAACUCCUACGCAGACCCCUGGACACCCCCUCGCAGCUCGGCCAGCAGCAGAGAAGCCCUGCACACAACUGGCUAUGAGGGCUCCCUUAAUGGCUCUCCCAGAACCCACUACCUGGCCGACAGCGAUCCCCUCAUUUCUAAGUCGGCCUCCCUUCCUGCCUACAGGAGGAAUGGGCUGCACAGGCCUCCCAGCGCUGAGCUUUUCCACUACGACAGCACGAAUGCCGUCAAUUGGGGGAUGCGAGAGUACAAGAUAUACCCCUAUGAGCUUCUCCUGGUGAAGACAAGGGGGAGGAACCAGCUGCCCAAAGAUGUGGACAGGACUCGGUUAGAGCGGCACCUUUCCCAGGAGGAAUUCUACCAGAUCUUCGGCAUGACCAUUGCUGAGUUCGACCGCCUGGCCCUGUGGAAGAGGAAUGAGCUGAAGAAGCAGGCCCGGCUGUUUUAAAUGCAGUGCACUAUAAAUAUAUACAUACCUAUAAAUAUAUACAUAGAGAGAUCUCUAUAUUGCAGCUCUACAUGAUUCUCGGUGCUGUAUGGGGCAGAGGUGCCCUCUGCGCCCCUGAGAGUGAAUUGGAGUCUUGCAGAUCAUUUUAUGCUCUGUGUUUCCUUUACUUUUCCAACCUUGUUUCUGUAUCAAUCUGUGGGUUCUCCCGGGAGCUAAAGCCACAUGGUUCCUGAAGCACUUGGCGUCUGUCACUGCUGCCCCACAGGCACAUGAUGGAGGGGGGGAGGAUUUUCUUGCUGCAGCCACAGCACCCAGGGCUGGGGGAGAGCAGGGCUCUGGGAUGGGUUUGGGAUAGGGGUGUCCCAUCCCCCUCUGCUCAGCUGCUCUGUGUAUUUACUUAUGGGUUGGAAAAGGCCCCAGGCACAAUUGCAGGAAAGUGGGAUCUCAGUAGGAGCUCCUUAAAGCCCUCCCUGCCUUUACAUGCCAUGACUGGGGGUACCCUCGGGAUCAGAAAUGCAGAGCUUGGGGCAUGGGACAGAGAAGUGUUGAGGACUCCAUGGGGAGCUGGGUGCACCCCCAUGUCCAAGGUGAGAGCCUGAGCUCCGAUGCCUCCAGGGCUGUUGGCUUUCCCUGCAAACCCAUAUUACCAGUUUAUCCUCCCAAGGUGCCGGAACGGCAGCUUUCCAGGCCAUCCCAAAACCAAGCUCUUCUUAAAUGAAAUAGCCAAAGCCACCUCCUGCCUUGUGCAGUUUCUUGCUGUUCUUGAGGUUUAUCCAGAGUUGAGAGGGGACACCCUGGGGUACCCAGUCCUGGGCCCCAGAUCUGUGGCUCUGAGGCCUCAGCACUCAUGGGGGAGUGGUGGGGGUAUUCCAGCUGGGAGCUGGGGGAAAGAUCAGAGACAGGGAGGUGGGGAUGCCAGACCCACUAACUGCUGGACCUCUCCUGGGUUUACCUGAAUUACCCCAUCAUGGAUGCCUGAGUCCCUGAUGAAUCCCUCUGCAAGCCUCUGGGAAUGAUGGACAUUCCCAGGGCCAUUCAGCAUUCCCUCCACUGCAAACUAUUGGGUUGGGAGGGGGUUUGGCUUAUUUUUUUCAUAAAACUAAUAAGGUUGUUUCCACACAAA